UAGUCCGCAUGAAGCUCGGGCCGCGCAGUGCAGUAGCGUAGCGUUGUAGCGUAGUGGCGUGUGUAUAACCGGCACCAUUGUGGAAGAGACGGGGACCAACGAGGCUUGGCUGAGGCCCGCCUUGGCCGACCUCAAGCGAUCCGCGGCGAUAAGACGGUGGCUGCAGCAACAACAGCAUCACAACAAGAUCAACAACAAUAACAACAACAGUCCGCCAGACAAGAUGCCCAUGUUGUUGCAACACCCGGUGCGGACGUUGGAGGCUGAUCCGCAACCUCUGGACUUCUCUGUGAAGCAGUACAACAUCCACCCUCGCAGACACGACAUAUUCCUGCACUCCAGCAACAGCGAGACGUCCGAGGACGAGGGUGGGCCUCCGCCCGACAGUCCUCUGCGAGGAGACACGUCUAGCGAUGCCUGUGAUCCCACGACGAUGAGGGAGUCCAAGCCCUUCUUUAGAGACCAUAGCGCCCAGUUACCUUGGUUGAAGGAGGAGAACCACUGGAUAAAACAGGAAGAUGAGAGGAAAGCUGCCCUUCACGCAAGGCUUGGCCUGCCUACACCUCCUUCAGAAUGGCUCAAGCAAGAGGAUGACAAAAAAGCUGCCCUCCACGCAAGACUUGGCCUACCUACACCUCCUUCAGACUGGAACAAACAAGUGGAGGAGAAACAAGCCGCCCUCCACGCCAUUCUUGGCCUGCCUUCAGACUGGAACAAGCAAGAGGUAGACAAACAAUCUGCUCUUCACGCCAAAGGUCUGCCUACAUCUCCUUCAGGUGGUGACCGUCCAGACAAGAAUCCAAGCCCGCCACCCCUACAGACAGAUAUAUUGGCCAAUGGAGAAGGAGAAGCUAGCAAUGACAGCUCAAGUAGUGAAGUUUUGGACUCUGUUGACUCUGAAAAAGAAUCCGCUCUGAAUCUGGUUACAGAGACUUCGCAGAGACAGACGACCAAUGGAGCCUCCAGUUCUCCGAGUUCUGGAGUCUCCAGCCAGGUGACGUCCAGUAACGGCUCAGCCGCUAGUGUCCAGGCCGCGUUGGCAGCACUGCAGACUGGUCAGCUGUCUCUCAACCAGUUGAUGAGCCUGGGGGCUGCACAGGGACAGCAACUACUGCUGCAGAAUCAACUGACAGGUCUGCCAAUCCCCAACCUCGGCGCUGCGGAUCUGCAGAGUCUGCAGCAACAACUGCAGCAACACCAGCACAAUCUGCAGCAACAACUGCAGCAGUUUGUCAUGUUCCAGCCAGGCGCAGGGGGACAGCUUCCAACUCAGGCGCAGUUCUUCCUUCAAAACCAGGGUCUUCUAUCUCAUGGCUACUCCAGGCAAAAUCUUCCAUCUCCAAGAGUCUCUCACUCUGUGCAGGUUCAGCAAGCUGUAGCUCAAGCAGCUCAGCAGCUACAACAGCUACAGAAGCAGCAAGCCGCAGCUCAAGGCUCUCACCACAUCAAGAGCCCAACCUCCAGACUGCUGGAUACUGAGGAAACAACAGACCUCGAGGAGCUCGAGACAUUCGCCAAGACAUUCAAACAACGAAGGAUCAAACUAGGUUUUACGCAAGGAGACGUCGGACUCGCCAUGGGAAAACUCUACGGAAACGACUUUUCCCAAACGACAAUCUCGAGGUUCGAAGCGCUGAACCUCUCAUUUAAAAAUAUGUGUAAACUGAAGCCGUUGCUACAGAAAUGGUUGUUAGACGCGGACAAUUCUGUGAAUAACCCUAACUCGUUAAACAAUCCCCUCACGACACCAGAGGCGAUAGGAAGACGUAGGAAGAAAAGGACGUCAAUAGAAACCAGCGUACGAGUAGCGCUGGAAAAGGCGUUUUUGCAGAACCCAAAACCCACUUCGGAGGAGAUCUCGAUGCUUGCGGACAGCUUGGGGAUGGAGAAGGAGGUUGUACGAGUCUGGUUCUGCAAUAGGGCAUGGGCUGUGGGGCCCGCACCGAGACUCCACAAAUUCCCGCGGCAGAAGGAGAAGAGGAUAAACCCCCCGACCGCAGCGAUGGGAUCGCCAACGUCAAACAUGUUCGGGGCUCCGCUACAUCCGACGUCGACACAUUUACCAAUGCCGCAGCAGUCUCCCUCCCCGUUGUCUCUAGUCUCUCCCUCCCCACACCCCCAUUCUCAUUCCCACCACUCGUACACUCCUCGCCCUGAAUGACCAUGGUACCACUCGCCGGUGCUCCAAGACUGACCGUGUAGAGUGGACUUCUAAACACUUCAAACUCAACACCACUCGUAAUGUCACAAAGGUAUCUUACUUGACUUCAUUUUGGAAAGCUUCAAAGAUUUUUCCUUUACAAUCUUCUCAAGUAUUUGAGGAAUAAUGUUAACGUUGACUCAAAGGUUAGACAGGUGAAAACUCAAAACCCUUGGGUAAUUUUUUUAUCAUACAAAUCUAUAUCAAUUCCAUCAAUACAAUGUAUUGGAACUGUCUGUAGGAACUCGAGAUGACAUCUUUGAAUCUUAUUAUUUAUCAUCAAAGCCUAAAUCAGGAGAAUGAUUGCAUAGAUGAUAAUUGAUGAGUUUAAUACACCCAGGUACAAUUAAUUGACCAAUCCCCUUAAAUUAACUUCAUGUUGCUUAGUGUGAUUGCUGAACAGGGAUGAGGUAAUUAGGGUAUUACAAAAUUGUUGAUCAACUUUAAUUUACACAAGACACUUUUGCAAACUCUUGUAAACCUAAAAUAACUUUUUGUUUCUUCUAUUGAUUCACUGGUUCAUUACUGUACGAUGGAAAUGUUUUGAAAAUAGUAUUAUUUUUUAUACUUUUAUUGAACUCUGUUGAGACUCUUUUACACAACGUGUAUAUUAUGAAAUAUUGAAAAAUCUUACAAAGGCUGAAAAAUGAAGUCAAUAUGUUGUGAUGUUCUGACUGGUGUUGUUCUUUUAUAUUGAAAUUGAUGUAUAAACAUUCCAAAUAUGUUAAAUAGUGGAUGUGCGAGUGCAAUUUGGCGAAACUUAACUGUAUACAUAGUUAUGAAAUAGUAAAAAUACAAUUUAUAAUUUACCAUACUACAUGGGCAAGUAUGGCAGUGAAUGUACAGAACUUCCGUUUGUAAAUAUAUAUAUGUGGAUCCAUCGCAGUGUAGCUUUGUCUAUGCGUUCGACUCUCUUGUCGGUGUCGAGCAAUGUAGAAAGUAUGUAGAUAGUUUUAAAAUACGUCCAACAUUUUGUUUUACCACUCACAUUCCAUAGAGUGUAUUGUUUUCAGUUUUUUUGUUGCAAUGUAAAACCCGUUUUUUUUUCAAUCUUCAGCCAUUUUAAUUCAUUACGAUUAUUAGUUUGUUAAUCUUGUUUAAUAAUGUUGAAAUGUCCGUUAGCGAUGUCAUUAUUGUGAUUUGUGAAUGUUUCAAUGUUGGCUGCUAAAACAGAUUGUUGGAUGUGUGGAUGUUUAUAAUUUAUCUUGCGUUAGGAAAGUCGCAGGCACAACUGGUGUUCCAAAGAUUCAACAAUUCACGUAGAACGUUGAUGAUCUCAGAUAGUUAAUCUCCCUUCUGUGUUAUCCAAAAUGUAUAGAAUAACAUCGGUUGUUUAAUUUCAUCUUGCAGUCUUCCAAUGUCGUGAGGAAGAACGGAAAAGAAGUUCCUAAAUCACAAGAGAUUUUUUACACAUUAUAAUAGAAGUAUAAACACUUUUUAGAUUAGUGUUAACUGUUUUGACGUGUAAAUUUUGCAAUCAGUUUUUGUAAUAUUCUGUUACGUUUCUAGUUUUGUUUCUCCAAAGUAUUAUUUCGAUGCUUGUUUCAACUGAGAGGACCAACUUUAUAAAUAAAAGUUCCUAUUUGUCUAACGACAAACGCGUAGUUUUGUAUAUUUAGUUUAUGUUUAUUUUAUUUAUACGACUGAUUUUUGCUUCGUUUCUUUGUCGAUUAAUUUAUUUUUCCACUUUUUCUAUGUGAAUGCUCAGAUUUUUCAAUUAUUUAUGUCGGUCGAUUCAACUUUCUGUUAGCGGCUUUAUUUUACUUUCGACGAAAUACUUAUAUUUUGGACAUUUAUUGCAUAUUAAAUUAUGUUUUCCACAGUUUUUGUUUUAUUUUAUUUUCCUUUUGCUGACCGGAAACAAGGUACCUUGUAGUUUUAACCUAGCUUAGAUCCCUUGUAAUGACUUUUAUUCGUCUAAAUUGUUUUCACUGGUAACAUUACACUUUAGUGAGGUAUCAAAAUACAUGUGUAUACUCAAUAACUCUACUGGAGGAAAGAAACUUGUUGUAUCAACAUUAUCCUUAGACGUAUUUAAUAUAUGGUACAAGUUUGAGGCUCAAGAGAUCCAGAGAGCAUAUUUCAAAACUAAUAAUUUUAUGAGUCAGAA